UCUGUGUGUGGGAAGUCUUUUUCAUGGUUAUCACAUCUUAAGAGACACCAGAGAACACACACGGGCGAGAAGCCGUUCCUGUGCUCUGUGUGCGGGAAGACAUUUGCACGGUCAUCACAUCUUCAGAGUCAUCAGAAAACACACACGGGCGAGAAGCCAUUCCUGUGCUCUCCAUUCAAUUGCUCUGUGUGUGGGAAGGCAUUUUCACGGCCAUCACAUCUUCAGAGACACCAGAGAACACACACGGGCGAGAAGCAAUUCCCGUGCUCUGUGUGUGGGAAGGCAUUUGCACACUCAUCAACUCUUCAAAACCACCAGAGAACACACACGGGCGAGAAGCCAUUCCUGUGCCCUGUGUGUGGGAAGACAUUUGCACAGGCAUCAAAUCUGCAAGAUCAUGAGAAAACACACACGGGCGAGAAGCCAUUCCUGUGCCCUCUGUGUGGGAAGACAUUUGCACAGUCUUCACAUCUUCAGAGUCACCAGAGAACACACACGGGCGAGAAGCCAUUCCUGUGCCCUGCGUGUGGGAAGGCAUUUUCACAGUCGUCAACUCUUUACAGGCAUCAGAAGGUCCACAACGGAGACAAGAAGCCAUUCAAUUGUUCUGUGUGUGGGAAGUCCUUUUCAUGGCCAUCACAUCUUCAUAGACACCAGAGAACACACACGGGAGAGAAGCCAUUCCUGUGCCCUGUGUGUGGGAAGACAUUUGCACGGUCAUCACAUCUUCAGAGUCAUCAGAGAACGCACACUGGCGACAAGCCAUUCCUGUGCCAUGUGUGUGGGAAGGCAUUUGCACACUCGUCAACUCUUCAAGACCAUCAGAAAUCACACACGGGAGAGAAGCCAUUCCUGUGCCCUGUGUGUGGUAAGACUUUUGCAAAGUCAUCACAUCUUCAAGACCAUCAGAAAACACACACGGGCGAGAAGCCAUUCCUGUGUCCUGUGUGUGGGAAGAAAUUUGCACAGUCAUCACAUCUUCAGAGUCAUCAGAGAACACACACGGGCGAGAAGCCAUUCCUGUGCCCUGUGUGUGGGAAGGCAUUUGCACAGUCAUCAACUCUUCAGAGUCAUCGGAAAACACACACGGGCGAGAAGCCAUUCCGGUGCCCUGUGUGUGGGAAGACAUUUGCACACUCGUCAACUCUUCAAGACCAUCAGAAAACACACACGGGCGAGAAGCCAUUCCUGUGCCCUGUGUGUGGGAAGGCAUUUGCACAGUCAUCAACUCUUCAAACUCAUCAAAGAACACACACGGGGGUGAAGCCAUUCCUG